AUGGAUUCACCAGGCGAGUUGGCCAUCACGGAGGAAGAGCUAGCGGAGCUCAAGCUGAUCGCCGCCGAACGACGGCUCCAGUACAUUACGACCUUGGAGGCCGUUGCGGGGCCGGAGAGAUUUAUGGUGGACUGGGUGGACUCCAAAAUGAAGCUUCUCAAGGCACACGCGGGUGCGAACUAUAGCACCUUGGAGAUCAAGAUACCUGGAGGCACCUUCCAGUUUACAGAUCAAGUGCACCACGCAGCCAGACUCAAGGUGGUGGACAACACCAUGACAGAGCCGCAGGCAGGGGGCCGGUCGACCAUCAGUCACACCGUGUGGGCCGCGUGCGUCCGAGGAGGUUCGACCGGUAGCCGCACCGGUUCGGGCGGACCGGUUCGGGCGCUCCGCAUGCUGCGGCUGCAUUGGGCGCUCAGCGGUGAGCCCGUGGCCCAUUUAGAGGCCGAAGAGGUGGACACUCGGAGGAAUUGCCAGGGAAAGACACCCUUGCAUAGGGCGGUGGAGACCGGUAACGAAGAGGUGGUUCGCUUGUUGCUCGCCUUCCGAGCGAAUCUCGAACAGACCACGUGGUCCGGAACAACGCCUUUGCAGUUGGCUGUCCAGUAUCCAAACUCUGCCGUGGUGAAGCUCUUGCUAGAGGCUCGUGCUGAGAUCGACAAGCUUGGCAGCUGUUCCAUGAAUGCGUUGCACUCAGCCGUGGAGUGGGGGCACUUGGAGACUGUUCGUAUCUUGUUGGAGGCUCAGGCUCAGGCUGACCCGGGUCGGGCCACGCGUUCUCAAAAGACCGCCUUGCACUUGGCCGUUCGAGCUGAGCGACUGGAGAUGAUGCGACUCUUUCUUGAGAAAGACGUCGCCACAAGCAACGUUGAGAUGUUGUUGGCCUUGCUCAAGUCACAGCCUGGUCAAGAGGAUCGACCGAAACGGGAGAGAUUGUUGCAUUGGGCGGCUGAGAAGGACUACCCUGAGCUAGUGGACUGCUUGCUGCAAAGUGACGUCACUCUUCAUGGCAAAGCCGCUGCGUUGCAGUAUGCAGCCUGGAAGGGGCACACAUCGGUCGUGCAAAUGUUGCUAGAACACCGGGCCGACAAAGAGCAAACGACCAUGGAUGGGAGAACAGCUUUACACUUGGCUGUCGCACAAGGCCACCGCGAAGUCGUUAAGCUCUUGACAUAA